AGCAGAAUUGUUAGUCUAGAGAGAAUGAUGCAUGGGCAGCGUCGCAUCUUCCUGCUCACCUACAUGGUGGCUGUUGCCAUCCCUGUCUCUUUGACGUUCAACAUUGAUAUGAAAACUCCAGAUAUCUAUACUGGGGAACAAAAGGAUUUCUUUGGAUACAAAGUGCUUCAAUUCAUGUCUGGCACGAACAAAGGGAUAAUCGUAACUGCACCGCUGCGGCUAAAUGGAUCUGGCAGCAUAUGUAAACCCGACCAAAACCACAAGAUGCAGUGCUUCAACCCUGAAAAGACAACAAUACCAGUCAAGCACUUUGGCCUGUCGAUAGCUGAAGACUCCAAACGCUCCGGAUUCACUGUGUGCAGUCCAAGUGUAGUCCAUGAAUGUAAUGGGAACUCCUAUGUGAACAGCGAGUGCUACAACAUCACAAAUCAACUUCAGGCAAUCUCCUCUUUCAGACCUACUUUCCAAGGAUGCACAAAAAAGACAGUGGACCUUGUCUUUCUAUUUGAUGGAUCAUUGAGUAUGACCGAAGCAGAGUUCAACAAAAAUAAAGAUUUUAUAGUGGAUAUAAUGAACAGCCUUAAGAACUCAUCAAUCAAGUUUGCAGCAGUUCAGUUCUCCAAAACACCUCGAAAAGUUUUUGACUUCAACGACUACACAGCUGGUACUGAUCGCAAACAACUUAUGAACGAACUCCAUAUGAGGUCUCUCACCAAUACACAUGGAGCCCUCAGAUUUGUGUUGGAUCAUAUUUUGGAAAACCCAGAGGCAGGUGCUUCUCCUGAUGCAACUAAAGUUCUGGUACUAAUUACGGAUGGAGAUCCCAGCGAUUCAAACGACGGCAUUAUUAAAAGUUAUGAUGAUAAAAACAUAAUUCGCUUUGUCAUUGGGGUCAAAAAUGUUGAAAUGAAAUUAUUCAGAGCCAUUGCUUCAGAACCAAAACACAAAAAUGCCUUCAAAAUUGAGAACUAUGACGGACUGAAAGGAGUACUGGAAAACUUUCAGAAGAAGAUCUUUAAAAUGGAAGGCUCAAAAGUGGCUCGGGCAGGCGAAAUGACCAAUGAAAUGUCUCAGAGUGGAUUCAGUGCUGCCUUCUACAACGACAAAUUGAUUCUGGGUUCAGUGGGAUCAAACAGCUGGCGUGGUUCUCUCCAAGAACUUCAUGAACAAAAAGAAACACAAAUUGAAGAUCCACAAAUGCUGAUGGACUCCUACAUGGGAUACUCACUUUCUGUUGGAGAGAAGAAUAGUGUUCCUCUAUAUUUCACGGGGGCACCAAGAUUUGAGCACAUAGGACAGGUCGUACUUUUCAGACACGAUGGCAAGAACUGGAACGCGGCCCAAAGAAUAGAUGGGGACCAGAUUGGUUCCUACUUUGGUGCAGAGCUGUGCUCAGUAGAUGUCAACUCAGAUGGUAACACAGAUUUCUUGCUGGUGGGAGCUCCACUGUUUUACCAGCAUCAGGAAAAGAAAGAAGGCCAGAUUUACAUCUACACACUGACUGAUGAGAUGCAACUGAUAAGUGAACUGAAUGUGACUGCACCAUCCAUGGGGAGAUUUGGCUCCACCAUAUCCAGUCUUGCAGAUUUAAAUGGAGAUCAACUCCGAGACGUAGCUGUUGGAGCCCCCCUUGAGGAUGAUAACACCGGGACUGUGUACAUCUACCUGGGUGACAGACACAGAGGGAUACGCAGCACUUUCAGCCAGAGAAUCAUGGGACAGCAAAUAAAGCCUGGGCUGAGAUUCUUUGGACAAGCCAUUGAUGGGGACAUUGACCUUGGAGAGGAUGGACUCCCAGAUAUUGUAGUCGGAUCACAGGGCUCUGCUGUUGUCUUAAGGUCCAGGACCGUCUUUAAUGUCACUGCCCAUCUGUCUUUUCUACCUAAUAAGAUAAGUACUGACAAAAUUGACUGUCUGAGCAACACAGAUGAAACUUUACCAAUGGUUACCCUAACAGCCUGCUUUGAAAUGGUAGAAACAACAAAGAGCAAACCAGCAGGAAUGAGCUCCGGCCUAAACAUCUCGUACAUGCUCAAUGUGGAUCCAAUGAGACAAACAAAUCGAGGUUUCUUCAGUCAAACCAACAAGAAAGAUAGAAAUCUUAUCUCUACCUACGAACUAAGGGAUAAGGAUACCUGCUUCAACUACUCUGUCUACAUGCCAAAAUGUGUGAAAGACACAUUAUCACCCAUCCUCAUCAAAUUAAAAUUCUCCCAAGUUGACAGUGAGAGUGCGAUUGCCGUCCUGAAUAUGGACAGCAAAAAGCCGGCUAUUGUUGAGAUUCCCUUUGAAAAGCAUUGUAGAAAAAAUGACACCUGUAUUGCCGAACUUGAUGUGGAUUUCAACUUCACGACUCCAACAUUAUUGGUGGCAAAAGAUAAUUACUUCAACGUGUCUGUUAAACUGUCCAAUCAUGGUGAUGACUCCUACCACACCAGCCUAACAAUGCACUAUCCCAGAGGCCUCUCCUUCUCUAGGAUGACUCUUAUAGAGGCAACACGACCAACAGUCCACAGCUGUCACGAUCUAGAAGGAGUACUUGACAGAACUACAUGUGGUGUCAGCCGCCCUGUGUUUCGCAGCAGAUCAGCCGCAACAUUCAGAACUGCUUUCCACAUCAUGACUGAGUAUGAGUGGGAUGACACAAUUACGAUAAACAUUACUGGUGAAAGCGAUAAUACAAACUCCACCAGGAUUGCUUUCCUGACCAAAAGCAUCCCAGUGCAAUUUGAAAUAAAAAUGGCAGUAAUAGUGAAAGAAGACCCUAUCAACUAUCUGAAUUUCACAACAGAGGAUACUGGAACAAAACAAAUAGUUGCUAUAUACAAGAUAGAAAAUAUUGGUUUCAAGAACUUUCCUGUCAAAGUGUCCCUGUUCUUCCCAACUAAACUGGAACAUAACUUUGAAAUGACAAACUAUCAAGUCUUUGUCCAGCAGAACAAAACUCAAUGCACAGGCAUUACUGACACAAAAUCUGAAUACUGUUCGCCAGAAAAAUAUUGUAAAAUCAUAGUGUGUGACAGUUUCGUCCUGGAGAAUGAAUCACCCACUGAGUUCACAUUGUCAGGAGACAUACAAUUCAGGGAUCUCAAACAGCAUGCAGCAAAUAUUGCCUUUCUUAAACGAUAUACUGGAGAUGGCAGAGAGGUUAAAUUUAAAAGCUUUAUACAUGUCAACUAUGACAAGCGACGAUAUGUGCUGGACUCUCAUAAACAACAGGAGAAGUCCAACAACGAUCCAACACUGAAAUGGACUGAAGUCCGGGUUGAGUUCAUAAUCCUCCCGGAUCAACUGCUGAUCAUUUCAACUGGAGUUGGACUGGGACUGUUGCUUCUGAUCAUAAUCACUGUCAUCAUGUUUAAGUUGGGUUGCUUUAAGAGGAAAACGCUUGAGUAUUAUCAAGAGCAGGACUACGACGCUGCUCUUCAGGUGGACACCCCUACACAGUCCACAUCUGCCCCCACCAAGGAAAUAGUCAGCCAAUCGGAGACUAACGGCAAAUGUGAACCUUCAGAGGAAGAUGCGCUUCUUGAUGAUGGUGAGGCAAACGACAGCACCCCACCAGCUGAUACAGAGGAGGGACUGGAUUAGUGGGCUGACUGAAUUAUAAUGCAUGCAGGAAUGAGUUGCCAGGAAAUCAGUUAGAAUUUUUGCACUUCUAGUUCCCUCAUCUCAAAGUGUUUUUUUUUUAAUGGGCUUUAUAAGGUCUGUUGGCAACACAAGCUUAAGAGAUUUUAACGUUUUGUUCUAUGGCAUAAAAUAUGUAAGUAAAUACUCCACUCUUUAAUUUUGAGGGUUUUAAAAAGAGCUGGCGCGAGGAGAUUAUUAGCUUUCUCCAGUGCUGUCAACUGCAUCUCAGUCUUUCUCAGCAAGUAGCAUUUGUUCAGUUAUGAUAGAGGUGACUAAGUAUGAAACUUUGGUCACAUGGUAAGUGCUGGUCUGGUAUCAUGGGGGAGAUCAAAACCCUUAUGACAAGAUUCCCCUGGGGGAAAAAAAAAUGCAUGAUGUAUUUCAUCACACGCAAUAACAGUAAAACAGCAAGGAUGCUGAACAAGUGACUGAAUGAACACCAGAAACAUCAGCUGUCUGUGAACAUGGUCACACAGCGUCGACUGGGAAAACCAGGGGUCAGUGGACAUUCACAUCACAUGCCAGACUUUUAACAGAGACAAAGAUUAUAAUCUCCCCUCUACAUACAGCAAACUGUAUAUCAUGUGACCGACGUUCCACAGCUACAGCAGGUAUAGGUAGAGGCACCGGAUCAAACUAAAUCUCUGGAAAAAGCUGUUUUUUGUUCAUUUUUUUGUCAAAUCAUAACAUGGUGAAAUGCUUUUAUAUAUAGUAUUAAUAUUAAAGAGGCAUGUUUUUUUGAGCUAUUCACUAAAUGAUAUGACUGAGCUGUGAUGAUUCACAUCAAUUGACAUUUCAUGUGUUGAAAAUGGCUCAACACUGCAACAGUUUAAAAUCAGCCCUGAACCCCCCCUGCACAGUAUUUAUUGAGCAAAUGUGAGUUCUACUUGUAUUAUAGCCGAGUGCUUCUGAAAAUGUAUAACUUUUUGAUAAUUUGUGUGAAUGCAGUGGUAGUUUAAUGCAUUGUUAAUUAGUGAGCCUGCAAAACAUUGUUUUUAUAAGCAGCAGUCAUUUGGUUUGUACCACUUUACAAAGUACACAAAAUUGUGUGUAUAGUUGCCAAGCGAGUGCAGAGAAAAUCAAUGGUAGAAACUGCUGCGUCUGUCUAAAGGAGGAGCAGCUUAAGGGGUAUCUUCUAGCCUGAAAGGCAGUCACAAUUAAUCAAACUUUGUCUUUGAAUGUUGUGUUUACAAAAAGUAAGCAACAAUUCGUGUAAAGUAAACCUUCAAAUUACUUACGAAAUAACAUUUUACAUUUCAGGCCACAGGGAAAAAACAAGUAUAAUGUUGUGUUAACAGGAGCAGUAUGAUGAACUUUUUGGCCUUCCAUUGUGUCUGUACAGUAUAUACGUAUAUAUAUAUUUUUUUCUUAUGCCCUUAGAUUAUCUUGUUGGGGCAGUGUUUAUGCUUUCUAUUAAUAAAAACCCUCAACAAUC